AUCUGAAAACAAAGCAGACAAGAUUUGUUAAGCGGAGAACAACAAUCACGUCGGACAAGCAAAAUCCAAACGUUGUUGCCUAGAUACGGUAACUAAAAAGGACACGACAUUUGUUUAAUCGAUAGAAACAAGUAAAAAUGGCUUCGGAGGAAGUGAGUGGCAAGCGAGAACAGAUAAAACUUCCUCAUUUACCCGAUUAUUUAGUAAAUUGUGUGGAUUUCAAACGCGAAAUGGUAAGAUUGGAUUAUACAGCCGAUCAAUUACAAAGAGCGUGUCACGAAGUGGAGGAAAGGCGGAGAAAAAUGAGAGACGGUCUCAGACGGGAAUCCGACGACGUAGCUGCACGAGCUCACGCGUGUCAUCAACGUCAACUACGAGACGACCAAGAAACUCUCGAAUUACAAAAAAAGGGUAGGCUCAUGGCUGAGCGUAGACGAAUACUAGAAUCCGAACUCCAGACCAGUCGAAUGCUUUAUCAGGAAUUGAUUCGCAAGCGAGCAAAACUAAAACAUUGGCUUGACGGUCUUGAAGAGCAUCGAUCCUUUCUCAGUGAAAUUAUAUCUCACAAGGUUUCACCACGAACUCCAAGAAGCGCACGACAGUCCAGGUCGACGUCAACGUCAAGGGACGAGGAAGACAAGAUCGUGGAAGUAAUGCAAAAUCCUAUUUUGAUUCGUUGCCGCUUGGCUCACAAGGAACGCAAUGUUAUCGCCCAAUCACGUAUGGUUUUCCAAGCAUGCCAACUGAUGGAUCGUUGUUGCGGCUCCGCAAUCGAAAAGAAUGAAAGCAAUGUUGGCGUGGAGAAUUUAGAAAAGAUAACGCAUCCCUCUCGAUUGAAUUUCAAUAGAGGAGGAGGAUUGCAAUCUGGUUUAAAUGACCAAAUAUUUGCCAUAAUUCAUCGCAUGUACAAGCAAUUCAUCGCUCCCAAAAGUAGCAGUUGUGAUCCGUUAGGUAAUUUGGCCGCUCUGGAACGUUACGCUUACUACGUCUUGCAAAUGGUUGAUGCUUGCGACCCUGCCAUGCUCAAGAAAAUCAUAGCCAAAGUAGUGAUUGACAAGAAAAAGACUAUGGAACAAGAGAAAGCAAAGCGAGAAGCAGCUCAUCGGGCGGAGCGUGAACGUAAAGCGCAGGCCAACGCCAUGUCGGCUCCGUCGCAAUUUAAGAGAGUAACAGUCGUCAACCGCAAUCUAACGCGAGGCACCGCUCGAUUUGCGGCACCAGGCAGUAAACCGACUACUGAUUCCCGAGAGGAAGUUGAAAUUGCUCCGGACGACGAGCUUCUCUAUCUCUUCCGGCUGCAGCUGUGAUCAGUUCAAGACCGGAGUUCAAUCAAGAUAUCAUAUCAAGUUUUCUUUUCAUGUCUUGUAGUUCUGUAUAGUAUGGAGUACUAAAAUUAAAUUGUACCAUCAUCUCGGUUAAGUUUCUUUUUAUUUCCGCCUUCCAAACGCGUCUUGAUUGCACUUUCUUCAGAUCUUCACAAGGCGACUAGUCUUUUACGAAACAAAAGGCAAAAAAACAUGAACAAAAUUUCGAUUACCAAAUU